AAGGCGUUUAGGGGUGGAGCCUUCCACUUGGAUGCCUACCCGAAAUAAUAGUUGUUACCAGAUGCCAGGCGUCCACUGCGGAUUUAGGGUCACUCCAAGUGGUUGAUUGUUGCGGAACCGCGCAGACUGUGCCAGAGCCCUGGCCUAAUCUGUGACCCUUGGUAGAUUCCCACGCUGUCCGCGGAUAGCCGGAAGGAGUCAAAACCAAGCGGGUCGCGGCGACCAUGGGUGCCUGGACUUCCAGAACCCGGAUCCCUAUGCCGGAGCCCGAUCCCCAGGAGGCCCUGGACCUGAGUCGACUGCCCCCGGAGCUGCUCCUGCUGGUACUGAGCCACGUGCCCCCGCGCACGCUGCUGGUACACUGCCGCCGGGUCUGCCGCGCCUGGCGCGCGUUGGUGGAUGGCCAGGCCCUUUGGCUGCUGCUGCUGGCCCGAGACCACAGCGCAGCGGGCCGCGCCCUGUUGACGUUAGCCCGCCGCUGCCUGCCCCCAGCCCGCGAAGGCACGCCCUGCCCGCUGGGCCAAUUCUGCGCAUUAAGACCGCUAGGACGCAACCUCCUCUGCAACCCCUGUGGCCAAGAGGGCCUGCGCAAGUGGAUGGUGCGGCAUGGUGGGGAUGGCUGGGUGGUGGAGAAGAACAGGAAACCUGUACCUGGGGCCCCCUCACAGACCUGCUUCGUGACUUCCUUCAGCUGGUGUCGCAAGAAGCAGGUUGUGGACCUAGAGGAGAAGGGUCUGUGGCCAGAGCUGCUGGACAGUGGUGGUGUGGAGAUUGCUGUGUCUGACUGGUGGGGAGCUCGACACGACAGUGGCUGUAAAUACCGUCUCUUUGUCACGCUUCUUGACGCUCACCAGAAUGUCAUAGAGAAGUUCUCCGCUGUGCCAGACCCCAUUGAACAGUGGAACAACGAUGUCUACCUGCAGGUCACCCACGUGUUCUCCAACAUCAGGAGGGGCGUCCGUUUUGUGUCUUUUGAACACUGGGGCCAGGACACACAGUUCUGGGCUGGCCACUAUGGGGCCAGAAUGACGAACUCCAGCGUGAUUGUACGAGUCUGUCCAUCCUAGUCAAAAGGCCACCAUUUUGACAAGACAAUCUGACUGUGCCUUCCUGGAGCUGUCAUCUGGAAACCCUCAUGAGUCAAGCACUGUACCUCCCUGGUUCAUGAAACUUUAGGAUCCAGUGAAGGGUCCUGCUUGGCCUUGUUUUCAGAGUCUGGAACACUGAAGUCCUCCAUCAGGUCUGCCUGUUGCUGCUGCUUUAGAGCAUGGGUGCCUGGGUGCCCGGAUGCACAGGUGCCUAGGUGCACGGGUGCCCAGAUGCAUG